AUGUCACCUAGAAAAGAGGUGCGUAACCAACGGGUAAUCGCCGCAAAUCCGGCCGCAACUCCAACCUUACCCAUUUACGCGGCGGGACCCUUUCGCCCCCGAUAUGCCGAUUUCGAAUGCAACCUUUGCGCACAGGGUACGCUCGCCAACACCAAGCUGCGUGGGACCCCCCAAGAGCUCGCAGCAUUCCCCUCUUUUUGGCAACUCCCCGAUGCACCACCCGUGGUUCUCGACCGCCGAGCGCACCUCCACGAUUUUCUGUCGUUCAGCAUUGGCCGUGGCACCCGAGGGCGCCUUGCUGCUCAAACCACGUUCACCACAUCUCCGGUGCCUCUAGACGCAACCCCACUGGCGGACGUCGCCUACAUGGAUCCGCCGCUCAGCAUAUGGCCAGCUUCGAGGUCAGGAGACCUACCUCCUGCCAUCGAUCUUGCCCAACAACCCGCGCUUGCUAAGAGGGGGAGCCCGCGAAUGAACCUGAAGGACAAGUCCGAGACCCUGGACGAUGAGUCUCAAGUCGCUGCUCGUACGGAUUUUGUGUUUGGGCGCGAGGGAGCCAAUGACGAAUCCAUGACGGAGUUCGGUCUUGUUCAGCGGAUGGAAAAGGAGACGCGUUUAGCAGCCGUUGAUGACAUCGUUUCGAUUCUAUUUCUUUGGGAGAGGCUGGUUGAAGGAUUGGCAGAAUGGUCGUGGCUCUUGCCGUGCUCGGACUUGGGGCUCGAGACAUGCGCCGCUAAAGUCCGCCAAGCCGUUCCGACCCUGGACUACGUCGUUAAACUAGUCCCCGAUCCAUCACCGCACCCAUCAGCAACCGCCGUCUUCAGGCAGCCUCCGACAUUCACCACACCAAACCAAACCGAAGUCAUAGCUCGAGAGAGCGCGUCCAACUCACGGCAACGUGAGUUGGGUAUUCGUACGAUGUCAACCAACGAAUCCCCCACCCAAGCCCACUCUCCCUCCUCGUUUCAGGAGGACCUCGGGGAGUGGGCCUGGCUUCAUCAAACAACUACUCCCGACAUGUCGCAAUUUCCGCUGGUGCCGCCAAGUCCCAUGUACCAGACGUUUAACCCCGAUAACUCUCAGGCCGCCGUACCACCACUGAUGCCCGAAACUGCGUCUUAUCCCACAAUGAACACAAACCUCACCGACUCCCUGGGAUCAAGCCCGGUGGAACUGCUUGUUCACGAUAUCGACCCUUUCAUGGCGUUCCAGCUUGGUCUCUACCUCGGCUCGACGGGUCCCUCCUGGGCCGUGCCGGAAAGCUGUGGGCCGGCGGAUCUUUUUGCCAGCACCCUAGACGGCGACCUAUUUUCCGGCCUUGACUUUGCGCCCGGGCCUUUUACUCACACACCACCACAUGGGUCUACCAGCCCAGCGACUUCCCUCUACGACAUGGACGCUCUAUACCUCCCGAGUAACCACUACGCCCCUGCAGAUCCCCUCACCCCCAUUUCCCUCGCGAGCGGCACCCCUGAAUCCGCUCUCUCCCCAUCUUCCCCGGCCACCAUCUUCAGCCAAGCCCUCCCAUGCCCUGAAUUCUCCCGCAACAACGGCGCCUACAACAACACCAACUCAUCAACCGCCAGCCCCAGCGCAGCGUCGACGACAACCACCACCACUACCCCAAACCCCAACGAUCCCACCCCCCCACCCAACAAGCCAGACGAACGCAAGCGGCGCGAAACCAAACGCAUGCGCUUCCGGUGCCCCGUCACCCCCGCCACGACCGCGCGGUGCACGCAAGGGUUCCUGGACGCACGCACGCUGCACCGCCACGUGUGGACGCACCACAAGGCGUACGCCCGCGAACACAACGUGCCGUCGGAGCAGACGGGCUGCGAGUUCCCGGGCUGCGGGUAUAUGGGGAGGGGGGAUAACGUGGCGCGCCAUAUGAAGAGGCAUGGGAGGUGA